CUUUUUCCCCCGCGCUGCCCGGGGGCGGUGGCGCCGGGGCGGGACCGGGGGCGGCCCCGGAGCGGCGGCGGGAGCGGCGGAGCGGAGAUGCCGUACCUGCUCAUCAGCACCCAAAUCCGCCUGGAGGCUGGUCCCACCAUGGUGGGUGACGAGCACUCAGAUCCCAACCUGAUGGACUUCCUGGGGGCCAGGAAGAGGAACAUGCCGGGCAACAACUUCUGUGAGUACUACGUGAACGACGUGCCGCGCGUGGUCCUGGACAAGCUGGAGAAGCUCGGCUAUCGCGUGGUCAGCAUGACCGGCGUGGGCCAGACCCUGGUCUGGUGCCUCCACAGGGAAUAGCCAGGAAGAAUCCUGCCUUCCACCCAGCCCAGAUCCUGCUGGACAUCAUCUCUACAGGACUGACAGCGAAUUUUUCCCCCUUCAUUCCUUCCUGUCCCAGACUCCCGGCGCUCGGGCGGGGAGAGGAGCAGCACAGAGGCAGAGCUGGACCCAGUGGGAUUUUGCCAUCCUUGUCAUUUCCCAAGAGCAUGGGGAGGAAAGGAUGCCCAAAAAUCAGGCAGAGGGAACAGAUGGCUCCAGCUCUGCCUUCAGCAGGAUGGCAGUCUGGCAAAUUCCAGCUUUUUACAUUUUAAUCAUCUAUUUAGCAUGCCUUGGAGGAAGCUCAGUAACAGACCUGUCUGCCUUCUCUCAGGCUGCCUGGAGAGGUCCAUGCCUUCUCCCGAGCCAGGGAGGUUACAGGGGGACACCAGGCAUGGACAGCAUCCCAUCUCAUCCCUGAAAUCUGAGGGAGAACCACUAAACCUACCCAGUGGUCCGAGAAUCCCCUUCCCUUGGCAGCAAGGCCCAUUUCCAUCCCACACAGGAUCGUGGUCAGCAGCAUCCUCAGACUUCCAGAUCCCAGAGUGCCAUCCAAGCAUAACACAGGGUUCCCAAAAUAGCACAGAAAGGUGUUGUGAGCAUUCCAGGAGCAGGCCCUAAUCCCAACAGCAGCAGUUGCACUGCUGGGAUGUUUGGGGCUGUGUAUGGAUCCUGUUGUAGGGGUAACACCAAUAAAGCUUUGCUCUAAAGACA